GCCAGCCAGGCCAUCCGCCCGCGACGCAACCCCUUCCUCUCCCCGCGAUUCGCCGUCCUGCAAAAGGCCUGCCUCUCCACCGAGACUCGCGCAGCGAUAGACAAAGCGGUGGGAUCGGCGCCGGUGGUGCUCUUCAUGAAGGGCACGCCGGAAACACCGCAAUGUGGCUUCUCGCGCGCCAGCAUCCAGAUUUUGGGGCUGCAGGGCGUGAAUCCGCAAAAGUUCACGGCGUUCAACGUGCUGGAGGAUGAGGAGCUGCGACAAGGGAUCAAAGAGUACUCCGAGUGGCCGACGAUUCCUCAGCUUUACGUCGACAAGGAGUUUGUGGGCGGGACCGACAUUCUCAUGUCGAUGCAUCAGGACGGUAGCUUGGCGAAGCUGUUGGAAGAGAAGGAUGUGUUGGUUGCGGCGGAGGCAGAGUAA